GCCUUAAGAACACAAUUCACUCUCACGAAUGACAAGGCCGAUUGACAUUCUGAUCCAACACCGCGCUAUUACACCACGCAGCUGUCUGUAAUGAAAUCCAGAUAGAAAAUAUGUCAAGAUGUCGGCUUUGCCCUUUCCUGCAACUUGCUUUCUUGGUGAAAUGCCCUCCAAGAAAACUGGCAAGAUCAUUGCCAUUCGCACCAAAUUCAAGAAUCCUCUCAAGGCAUGGAAGCGAAACAACCCAUUGCACGGUCGCUCGCCCGCUGCAGGUAUUCAUGUCGUCUCAGCACAAAUACUCGGAUUGCAAGGGCUCCCCGCUCCAGGCCUGCAAGCUUCGACCGCCGCCACUCCCUCCAGAUAUUGGGCCCGAGAUGUCUCCGACGCCAUUCAGAUAUCUGCACCUCUGCAACGCAUCCAGAAUAGGGAAGACUUAAAUGCCCUCACUCGCCAUCUGUACGACCUUAGUUGCCACAUAACGAAUGCUCCAACCGCUCGAACACCCUCCGAAGAAAUUAGCCGGCGGGCACUGAUUAGUCUGCUAUACCAAUGUCGGCCAGAUACAGCUGAGGUUCAAAGGUGGGAAAAUAGUCUCCGGUCAGGAAUUCAGGCAGGGGCCGGGAUCGUCAUGAGGAUUAUUAUUGAAGAGGCCGUCAGCUCAUUCCUGGCAACAUACCGGUGCCGUUGUGGAACUUGGAAUGAUACGAAGGUUUCCACUCAUCACGUGGUUGGUGGACGUCUUCUACUCCCUAACAGAACUUACAGUGAACCGAAAGCCGCCGAUGUAGGUUCUGCAUGCCAAAAUGACACUAUCCUCGGGACCGGCAGAGAUAGGGAAGGGGAACCUUGGGCGGCAUGUCGUGGAAAUGCACCUGCGGUACAGGCAUCGAUGCACCUUUUGCGGGGAUGCACUCUCGCGCAAGCACACCUUGGGCGCUCACUUACGGAUUCAGCACAACUUCAAAGCCGACUGAAGAAUGACCUCGUAGUGCUCGUUAGCCGAGACUUGGAAGCGCUUCCAGUGUUUUACCGUCUCAUCGUCGGCGCAACGAAUUCGUAUGACUAUUCACGAUACUUACGUUACCGCAAUUGCACUCAUUUGAGGGAGUUGCAGGAGCAUCGGUUCUCAACGGGAUCACAGUACUCGCAGCAGUACCUGUACAACCCUAUAUUGUUGACCGCGGCAAGUAGCCUUGAUUUCAUAAUCGCUCUUGUUGCAAUGAAGAAAUACGACUGUAAACACCUUCGAGUCGGGUGGCCUGUGGGGCACUUGCGGGUGCACGACCGAGUAUAUUGUGCUACAUUAUUCAGGGAACUGAAAGUUGGGUCAGAGACCUAA